CUAUUUUAAAUAAAUUAGUACAUACAAUAUCACAAUUCUAACGUUGAUGGGAGCUUCACGUUUACCGGAAUGCGUGCCGUCCUCGGCUCACCAUUCCCUACAAGCUUCAAUGUCACAGAAGCCGGCGCAGAGGAAUUCCCAGCUCUGAUUGGGCAGAGUGUGUCUUUGGCCGUUCUCCAGUACCCAGCCGGCACCACCAACCCUCUCCCCACACCCAUCCUCGCUCUGCGGAGCUUCUUUUCCUCAUCGAUGGGAUUGGUGCACUUCCAGUACGAUGCAGACACAGGGAAGCUGGCAGUGGCGAUUUCUGCUUUUGGGAGUGCAAAUGCAGGGUUUGUGUCGAUUCCGGUCACCCUGUUUGGGAUGGGCAUUGACGAUGACAUCCUGGCUAAAUCAUUCAAGAUCGAUGUUGCCACCGUCGAGAGCCUUAAGGCUGCUCUUACACCACCUCGCAACUAAUACUGCUAGUUCUGAGGCGUUAGUGUUCUUCCAAAAUUCAUUUGUGAUUCUUCGUUCCCGAAUAACCAUCUCUUGGAGAGUAUGCAUCUCGAGUUUUGUUGCUGCAAUUCAAUUGUCUGCAUUUCCUUUUGUUGUUAAAUUUGUGAUCAAUAAAAUAAUAGAAAAUGA